GGUACGAGGCCCCCGGAGCCCGCACCGGGAGAGUGGUCAGAGCCACGCUGCAGAGUUGGGGACCCUUCCUGGAUCUGGGGAAAGGAUCGUGGAGCGCGGACAAGCAUUGUGCAGGCUCUGGAGGUGACUUGGUCUACAGUGGUCUCCCAGUCUGCCGGCAGCGAAGACAUGGAUGGAUGGUGGAGUCAUUUUCUAAGAAAGGAAACUCUGAACCAGCAUGGAGGAAGAUCAUAAAUGCAGUUUUGGAUAUUUUGAGUUUGAAGUUCAUUCAAGAUGUUCAGGUGGAGAUACUGGAUAUAAGGAUCUGAAGCUCAGGGAGAGGUCCAAACUGCAAAUGCUACUGGAAGAAGAAAUGGCUGGUGGUCUUUCACAAGGUUUCUUCAUGGAGGAACUUAAUAAAUACCAUCAGAAGCAUAACGUAACAGUUAAGUAUCAUGAACUGUCUAACACAGGACCUCCACAUGACUUAAGGUUUACAUUUCAAGUUAUAAUAAAUGACAGAGAAUUUCCAACAGCUGAAGGUAAAACAAAGAAGAAAGCAAAAAAUGCUGCAGCCAAAAUUGCCCUUGAGAUACUUGAUGAAGAAAGUAAGGUGGUUAGUUCUUUAUCAUUGCCAACAGCAGACACUUCAGAAGGGUUAUCCAUUAAGAAUUACAUAGGUCGUGUCAAUAUGUAUGCCCAGAAGAAAAAACUCUCUGUAAAUUAUGAACAAUGUUUUGUGAACGAAUUGAGGGAGUCCGAGGUCAAAAGUUCUCCUAGAUUUCAUUAUACAUGUCAAAUUGGGCAGAAAGAAUAUGGCAUUGCUACUGGUUCUACUAAACAGGAGGCAAAACAACGGGCUGCUAAACUUGCAUAUGACGAAAUAAGAGCAGAAGAAACAUCAGCGAAAGCUGACCCAACAUCCUCUGGUUCUUACACUACUGCAUCCACUGACUCCAGUGGCAUUUCUUCUGUGACAAGCACAUCCACUACUGAAUCACUACCUGAAAAUGAAUUAUCAGCCAGUGAAUCUGAACAAAAGCACAACGGUGACAGUUCAAAAGACUCCUUUUCACCUUCUAUGGACAGUCCCAGAAAUAGUCAAAGGAAGAUAAAAAUAAAUUUGGCACCUAAAUUUGAUUGUCUUGAAGCAGAAGAAGUCAAGAAUAGCAAGUAUACUAUGAACUCCAGGUUUGUUAAGGAUUUUGAAGAAAUAGAACCAAUUGGCACAGGUGGAUAUGGCCAAGUUUUCAAAGCAAAGCACAGAAUUGAUAAGAAGACUUACGUUAUUAAACGUGUUAAAUAUGAUAAUGAGAAGGUAGAGCGUGAAGUAAAAGCAUUGGCGAGUCUUAAUCAUGUCAAUAUUGUUCACUACCAUAAUUGUUGGGCUGGAGAUGAUUAUGAUCCAGAGAUCAGCAUAAAUAAAUCAAGGUCAAUGACUAAAUGUCUUUUCAUCCAAAUGGAAUUCUGUGAUAAAGGGACAUUGGAGCAAUGGAUUGACAACAGACGAGACAAGAAAUCAGACAAAGAUUUGGCUUUAGAUUUAUUUGAACAAAUAACAAAAGGAGUAGCUUAUAUACAUUCAAAACGGUUAAUUCAUAGAGACCUUAAGCCGAGUAACAUAUUUUUAGUACAUACAAAACAAGUAAAGAUUGGAGACUUUGGACUUGUAACAACCUUGAAAAAUGAUGAAAAGCGAACGGUUGAAAAGGGAACGUUGCUAUACAUGAGCCCAGAACAGAUGUCUUCACCAGAAUAUGGAAAUGAAGUGGACAUCUUCACUUUGGGGCUAAUUCUUGCUGAGCUUCUUCACGUAUGUACUACUGUUCAGGAAACAGUCAAGAUUUUUGGCAAGCUAAGAAAAGGUUUCUUCCCAGAUGUAUUUGAUCCCAAGGAAAAAAAUCUUCUACAAAAGUUACUCGCAAAAGAUCCCAAGAAACGACUUCCGGCACCUGAAAUACUCAAGACUUUGAAUGAAUGGAAGACUGGUCCAGAGGAAAAAAAGCCAAACACGUGUUAGGGCCCUUCUGAAAAAGUAUCCUGCUGCUGCUUCUGAUUCAUGAUUUUCCUUUAACUGUCUAAAAUAUGCUAGAUGAUAUGAGCAGGUAUUUACCUUCUGCUUUCAUUUUUCCUCUUAAUUUUUUACUACUGUUGCAGAAAAGUUUUCAUUGUUUACAUCAAAAGCAUCCUUACCUUUGACUUUUUUUCUAGCUUAUCUCUUUAUUCUGAAAAUCCUUCAAAAUUUUUUUCUUAUAUCAAUUAGUGAAUCAAUCAAUAAAUAUAUAUUGAGUAUCUACUAUUUCUAGGCCAAGAAAUACAAGACCUUCUCUGCCUUAAUUGGCUUACAAGCCAGUUGGAGAAACAUGAUACCCAUAAAAAGAUAAGUGAUAUACAAUCUCUUUGGAAAACAAGUUGGCAUUAUCUAUAAAGUUGUUGUUGCAUGUAUGCUCAAAGCCAUCAUUUCCAUUCCUACAUACAUCCUUAUAAGAACAUUCAUAGAACCCUGUUUAUAAUAAACAAAAGAAUGGGAAACAACCCCUAAUGUCCAUCAUAAAUAGAAUGGAUAAAUACAUUGUAUUAUAGUCACACAUUGGAAUACUAUAUAGCGGUGAAAAUGAAUGAAUUGUAGCUAAGUGCAACACCAUGAUAUAUCUCUCAGGAACAUAAUGUUAACUGAACAAAGCAGAUUACAGGAAGUACAUACAGAAUGAUUCCAUUUAUAUAAAAUUGCAGAACAUGCAAAAGAAAGUCAUUUUGUUUAACUAUCUAAACAAAUGUGGUAAAAUAAAGGAAAGGAAGGGAAUAUGAAAUAUUAAAUUUAGGAUAGUGCUUAUCUCUAAAGUGGGAGGGGAGUGAUAUGAUUGGGGAAGUGAAUAUCAAAGGUAAUGGCAACUUUUUUCCUUAAACUGGAUGUUGAGUCCACUAAGAGCUCCUGGGUGGUACAACAAUUAAUACGCUUGGCUGCUAACCAAAAGAUUGGAGGCUUGAGUCAACUCGAGCACUUCGAAACAAAGUCCUGGCGAUCUACUUCCAAUAAUCAGCCAUUGAAAACCCUGCGGAAAACAGUGCUACUCUGACACACAUGGGGUCACCAUAAGUCAUAAUCACUAGACAGCAACUGGUUAUUUUGUGUUCACUAAUGUUUGCUACAUAGUGAUUCUUUUUAUUUUUGUAUCUAUAAUAACAAACACAUUAAAGAGUAGAUAACUGUGCUGUAAGGUAGUAAGUAUGGAAAAAGUCAACCUGGAGGGAUGAAAUCACUUUCUACUGAGGUAUCAUGGUACAGGGCUUAGAAGAGACAUUUCAGUGGGACAUCCAGGUAUGCAAGGGAUUUGUGUGAGUAGAGGUGAGACCACUGGGGCAGUUGGUACACGCGUCAUGAGUUCAGGAAGAGAUAUAUUUGAGGAACACUGGGUAUACUAGUUCGUUGCCCUCAAUUGCUGUAGGAAUGCCAGAUAAUAAUUUGGGCUGCAACCUGGAAGACCUUGCAGGUUAAUUUAAACUUUAUAGCAACCAACUCACCAUUCUAAAUCUGCCGUGUGAUUUUAGAGUAUUUUUUAAUGAGUCAAAUUUAGGCUAAAUAGAAAAUGAGAAAAAUCACAGUAAGAGAAGAUAUUUUUAUAAGGACUUAGAACUAUUUUUGAAGUGUUAAUUUAAAAAAAAAGUUAAUACUUUUUUCAACUCCCAAAGCAGAAAUUAAUUAAGGCAAGGUUUAUCAAUGUAUGCUAAAACCAUUGGCUGAAAAGGUGUUGGGGAACAGAAUCUUACAAGGAAGUAAAUGUAAUCCCAUAGAUGAUAUAACAGUUAUAAAGGGAAAAAUGUACCUUUCCAAUGGAAAGAUCACGGGAUCGCCACAAUAACCAAGUGAUCAAAAUGAGCAUCACUGAUAGUGGGAAAACCUAACAACAUGAGCCUCCUAUUGUGAUACAAGAAGAAUUAUACAAUAUCAGCUAUUUAGUUUUCUUGUCCACAGUGUUUAACUGGAAUUUAAUCAUGAGGAUAUUAUUAGACAAAUCCUGACUGUAGCUCAUGCUAUAAGAUAAUUGACUGGGCUUCUCAAAAGAAUUAAUUCCAUGGAGGGGUGGGGAGCAGGGAAAACAUUCUAAAUAUAAUGAGCAUAUUCUAAAUAUAAGAUAAAGAGAUAUAAUGACCAAAUGCAAUGCUUGAAUCUUGAUUGUGUCCUGGAUAUUAAAAAGGAAAAAAAAAAAAAACACACACACA